AUGGAGGGGCGGCGGUUGUCUCACAGUGAAGAUGGCGCGCUGCCUUACCAUGCAAAACGACGCAAAACUGGCUUCCACCAGGUUGAAAAUGAGGCCAUCCAUGACCGCUAUACAGUUGCCUGGAUAUGUGCAUUGCACAUAGAGAUGGCUGCAGCCCGCGCUAUGCUCGACGAGGAGCACGCGGACUGUCCAUGGCAAGUUAACGAUAUGAAUUCUUACGUGCUGGGGAGCAUCAAAAAUCACAAUGUGGUGAUAGCUUGCCUGCCGACUGACCACUAUGGGACGAAUAAUGCUGCGACUGUUUUGAGUAACAUGAGAAGGACGUUCCCCAACAUUGAGAUCGGCCUGAUGGUAGGCAUUGGUGGCGGGGUGCCGCUCAAAGCUGAUAUAAGACUUGGAGAUAUUGUUGUGGGCGUCAGAGUCAUGCAGUAUGACAUGGGGAAAACACUCAGCAACGGGUUUCAACGGACGGCAGUUCCCAAAAUACCUGACUCUACCAUCCGAACAGUCAUCUCAAAUCUGAGAUCACGACAUGAGCUCAGUGAAAGCCGAGUUCCUUCCAUAUUGUGGGAGAAGAUGGGGACCUACGCUGCUUAUUCUCGACCCAGCGAGCCAGAUCGUCUCUUUCAGCAGUCUUAUCAGCACCCCUCUUCGUUUUCAUCUUGUGAUGAGUGUGACUCGUCUAGGCUAGAGACGAGAAAAAUGCGAUCGUCUACUGACCCGGUCAUUCAUUAUGGAGGUAUUGGCUCGGCAAACACUGUCAUGAAGGACUCGACUGUUCGUGAUGAGAUCGCUCGAGAGCUAGAUGUGCUUUGUUUUGAGAUGGAGGCUGCUGGUCUGAUGGAUAUCAUGCCUUGUCUGCCUAUUCGUGGUAUCUGCGACUAUUCUGACUCUCACAAAUCGAAAGGGUGGCAGAGAUAUGCUGCGGCAACUGCAGCAGCUUACGCAUAUGAGUUCUUGGAACUAUGGAGAGGAGACUCUCAACUAUCGUAUGUUGGCCACCAUCAACCGCAAUCUGAGCACAACAUGGUAUCCGAGCGCCACGAAGAGAUACUCAAAUCUUUAAAUUUCGAAGAGAUCGAUGUUCGCAAAUCCAUUAUCAAAGCCGCGCACUCCAAAACCUGCCGAUGGUUUCUCAAGCAUCCCGAUUACCUUUCAUGGAUAGACCCGCUACAAAUACCGGAACAUCGCGGCUUCUUGUGGAUCAGAGGAAAGCCUGGAGCUGGAAAGUCCACUAUUAUGAAGUUCAUCUAUCUGGAGUCGAAGAAAAAGGACCGCAAACACCAGAGCCUCACUACCUCAUUCUUCUUCAACGGUCGUGGAGAGAUGUUGGAAAAGACUGUCUCAGGCAUGUAUCGAUCUUUACUUUUGCAACUGUUCCAUGGAUUUCCCGACCUCGAAUGCGUCUUGGAUGAUCCGGAUCUUUUGCCCCGAAACCAAAGUGGUUGCCCUCCAUUGAACGUCCUGAAGGACCUGCUCCGUGCCGCAGUAGCCAAGCUUGGCCAAAGAUCAUUCAGAUGCUUCAUCGAUGCCCUUGACGAAUGCGACGAACAGCAAGUUAUGGAUCUAGUCGAAUACUUCGAGGAUUUGGCCGAGCAAUGCACUGAAAAUAACAUCGAUCUUCGCGUCUGUUUCUCCAGUCGCCAUUACCCCUACAUUGAUAUAAAAUACGGCAUUCGUGUCAUCCUCGAGGAGCAAACCGGACAUGCCAGCGAUCUCGAGAGAUAUAUCAAGUCCAAUCUUCGAAUCAAAGACAGACCCCUGCUAGCAGAGCUUCAAGAGAAGAUGCUUGAGAAAGCAGCGGGAGUAUUCCUCUGGGUUGUCCUCGUGGUCGACAUAAUGAACAAAGAGAAUUGCCGCGGGCGCCUGGCCGUGAGGAGACGACUUGAACAGGUUCCGAGUGGUCUAAGUGAGCUUUUCAAAGACCUACUAAAAAGAGACAAUAGCAAUAUGGAGGAACUCCAACUGUCUCUUUUUUGGAUCCUACUCAGCGAACGACCGUUAAAGCCGGACGAAUACUAUCACGCGAUCUGGUCAGGGCUAUAUUUGGAGGGACUGGCAGACCUCAAUGUACCCGAAGUGGACACAGAGGACUCAGAAGACUGCUUUGACCGUUGUGUUAUCAGUUCAUCUAAGGGUUUGGCCGAGAUCACAAAAGUCAAGCACCUAAGAGUUCAAUUCAUACACGAGUCUGUUCGCGACUUUCUCAUCAAGGACAAGGGUCUUCAUGAGCUAUGGCCAGAACUCGGACCAGACUGGGAGAGCGUAGGCCAUGACAGGUUGAAAAUGUGCUGCUAUUCCUACUUCGAAUUUGUUGUCGAGAAGGAAAAGCUCGAAGUCCAAGACUACAAUGCUUUUGAGCUCAAGGUCAUUGCGGAGACUAGGGCGUACCCUUUCCUUCAAUAUGCUAGUCAACUCGUUCUGCAUCACUCUGAAUUUGCAGCAAAUACUGCUGACCAAGAAAUAUUCUUAGAGAGCUUUCGGACUUUUGCUUGGAAAGGGGUCGUCAACGCGUUUGAGAAGUUUAAAGUCCGUAAAUACAGCCCAGAUGCUGGGUUGCUAUAUAUACUUGCGGACAGAGGACAUUCAUCACUCAUACGGAAAAGACUAGAGAGCGAUACUACUCCCAUCAUGCCUUCAGAGAAAGACAGAUAUGUAUAUCCACUUAUAGCUGCCAUGGCUAAAGCGGAUAAAGCCAGCGUCCUUGCGCUCCUGCGUUUACCCUCCGCGCUUUAUGAAGGGAUGGAUAUUACACAAGGGCUAUGGCGUAACAUAGAUGUUGGCGGCUUCGGCCGAACCCCACUUUCUUGGGCUUGCGAGAAUGGAUACUUGGGAAUCGCAAGGGUUCUUGUUGAGAGAGACGCUCAACUCAUAAGUAGCCUUGGAGCGCCGUACUCACCGUUAAUGCUUGCGUCUAAACAUGGUCAUUCUGACAUAGUGAGAUGGCUGCUUGACCACCAUGUGGACAUUCACAAAAAGUAUAAGAAAGAAAGUGCCAUUUGGCUUGCACUAAGCAACGGCCACGCGGAAGUAGUCGAGCUCCUGCUCGAUGCAGGGGCAGGUCUUAACACGUGCGGCGUUUAUGAGACACCUAUCCUAGGUCUAGCUGUUGAAAAAGGCAAUAACAAGGUAGUGAAUCUCCUUUUGCAGAAAGGGGCAGAUGUUGAUACAAAAAACCGUUGGAAAGAGACACCCCUUCAUCUUGCUGCAGAAAUGGAAGGAUCUGAGGCCACAAUGGAAGCACUUCUAAGAUCCGGAGCAGAUAUCGAAGCCAGAGAUCAUGCAAACCGGACACCUCUCAUGUUGGCCGUGAUAAAGGCCUCCAUCGAUGAGAUAGGGUUCCUGAUUAGACAAGGAGCGGAUGCAACGGCUCAAGACAACACAGGUCUCACCUGUCUCCACGCCGCUGUGAAGAGGAACACAGCAAACCUAGAGAUUGUUCGAUUGCUUCUUGAGAAUGAGGCAAAGGCUGAUGCUCGCACCAAAUCUGGCUUAACGUGUCUCCAUAGCCUCGCACAGCGGGCAGAAGCCAUCCCUUCAACCUGCGCCAUAAUUCAGCUGGUCACUAGCCGCGGGACCGACAUCAAUGCCAUGGACAAUACUCUUCAAACACCAUUGCAUCAUGUGACACGUUAUGGAGACUUGGAAACUCUGUCAACGUUCACCGACCAGCCUGGUAUGGACCUCAAUGCUCGCAAUCACCUAGGAAUGACGCCAUUGCACGUGGCAGCUACGCGUAUUUCGUCUGCGAGAGAGAGGCUCGCCAUACUGAUAGGGAAAGGGGCGGAUAUUAAUGCUCUGGAUUAUAAGUCAAGGACGCCGCUUGAUGUCGCAAGGGAAAUAGGUGACGUGGAAGUCUUUCAGUUCCUGAUUGGAAAUGGGGGAAAGUGA